ACCUUUCCUUCUUCCAUUACUAUUCUCUCUCUUCUUUUUCUUCUUCUUUUUUUUUUUUUUUUUUCAAACAUAAGUGAGCUGAUUCUGUGUUUUUCUAAUAGGAUCUUUGAGGCCAAACCCCAUUUCAAUCAACCCUGUAUUCUCUCUUACUACCUUGAAUUUUCUCUAUUCUUUCUGUGCAAUACUGCAACCUUUAUUCUUAUAGAAUUGAUGUCUGGUUUGUACAAUCAAAUAUCUUCACCUUCAACUAGGGCCAAUUCACCAAACAUAAACAUGAGAAGCAAUUUUGAUGUUGAAAGUCAGUACUUAACGGAGCUGCUAGCAGAACACCAGAAGCUUGGACCUUUCAUGCAAGUCUUACCCUUGUGUACUAGGCUCUUAAAUCAAGAGAUUUUAAGGGUUUCUGGAAAGAAUGGAUUGAUGCAGAACCAAGGGUUUGGUGACUACGACAGAGUGCAGUUCGGAAGCCCCAAACCCAAUCUCAUGCCUUCUUUAGACAUACAACCAAAUUUUACAGGCUGGAACAGCUUAUCACAUGAAGGGUUAACUGGAGUACAGGGACUACACGUGGAUUGGCAAACAGCACCUAGUGUCCCCAACUCUCACAUUGUGAAGAAGAUAUUGCGCUUGGAUAUUGCUAAUGAUAGCUAUCCAAAUUUCAAUUUUGUUGGACGGCUUCUUGGCCCUAGGGGUAAUUCAUUAAAGCGAGUGGAGGCUACCACAGGUUGCCGUGUAUAUAUAAGAGGAAAAGGUUCAAUAAAAGAACUUGAUAAGGAAGAGCUGUUAAGGGGAAGGCCAGGGUAUGAGCACCUGAAUGAGCCAUUGCAUGUUUUGAUUGAGGCUGAAUUACCUGUCAAUGUUGUUGAUAUAAGGCUGAGGCAAGCACAAGAAAUCAUAGAAGAGCUACUUAAACCCAUGGUAUCUCUUUAUAGUUUUAACUCUGAUGCUGAAAUCAGAAUACUACUUACCAAUGACAUAUUGAUGAGUCACAAGACCUCUACAAAAGGCAACAACUAAGAGAACUUGCUAUGCUGAAUUCCAAUUUUAGAGAAGAGAGCCCUCAACUCAGUGGUAGUCCCUCUACAUUCACCUCCAAUGAAAUAAAACGGGCCAAAACUGACCAAUAGUGUUUUUACAUUGCAAAUUGUAGCAUUUGAUGUCAGUUCCUACAUGUAAAUUCUGUGAAGCAGCAAUUGUGGGAGAGGGAGGUACAUAUUUAUUGUCACAAUCAAUUGCAUCAAUACAGUUGUAAAACUAGGACAAUUUCAUUAUUAUAUUUUGACCGGUUGAUUGGUAUAUACAUCUGUAAUGUCCGUAAAUACGACACUGCUGGGACUUAUAAGCUGAUUAUUAUUGUUGGUUCAUGAUUGCAUGGAAAGAAGAGUUUGAUAUAAGAAUGUGUACUUUACUGAGCACAAUAACACCACGCUUUGUUAUGAA